GUUAGACCCACAGGACGUGGAAAGACCCAGACGUCCUCUAACACUACCCGAACACGCUCCGAAUUCUACUUCCGGCUAGUUGGGGCGGGAUGAGCACGCGCACCAGGCAUCACCCUCAGCCAACCUUUUGUGAAUCCCGACGCCCCGCCCCCUUCUCGCGGUAGACCACAAGCCCCAGUGUGCCUCGCGGCGGGUUCCUGUCUCCUCCCCUCCUCUGGCCCUCUUAUGCUGUUCCCCCGCCUCCCUCGUGUUUGAGUGCCGAGGCUGCUGUGAGGCAAAUGAAAGGGCGAAGGUGGUGAGUGAGGCUAGCCCCCAGCCCUUUGCCCAGGAAGUGAAGAGAAAGGCAUCUGCUCCUCUUUGAUCCUUCUCCUUUCCCAUCUCAGCCUGAAGAGGAUCAAGACCUGGCCAAAACUGAGAGCCUGGAGUCAGACAGAAUGGCUCUUGGAAUCCAAAGACCCCCAUGGCAGUUUUCCAUUGGGCUUUAAUGACUACGGAUUUGAGUGUUGGCACUGACACUUGAUUCACUGACAUUCAAGGAUGUGACUGUGGACUUCACCCAGGAGGAAUGGCACCUCUUAAACCAUUCUCAGAAAGAGUUGUACAAGACAGUUAUGCUGGAAAACUCCCAGAACCUGCUCUCCCUGGGAAUUCCAGUUGUCAGAGAAGACUUGAUCUCCCAUUUUGAGGAAAAGGAAGCAUUAUGGAUCCUGGAUCAAAAAGGACUAAAGAAUUCUUCUCUAGAUGGAGAAACCAGUUUUGAAAUGAAUGAGACUACUGCAAAGCUCAGCAAUUCUGUGGACAAGAUUCACCAGCAUAGAUUCAUGAGUCAUGGUUCCUAUGACUUCAAUAUGAGAGAAAUCUGUGACUCAGAUAUUAAGAUAGGGAAACAUCAAAGAAGUCACUGUGAAGCUGAUAAAGAUGGAAAAGAUUUCAGGCACUAUUCAGUCCUAAUUAAGAAUAAGAAAAUGGUCUCUGGAAAGGAUUAUUUUCAGUAUAGUGAAAAUAGGAAAUGCUUUACUGAAAAGUUUGGGCAUGAGAAGCUUCCUGAAGUACAAAUAUCUCAGGGUAAUCAGUGGGGAAUGUCCAGAUGCUUGAAUUCAGACAUCAUUAGACAUCAGAAAAGUCAUAAGGGAGAAAUACUUUAUAAAUGUAAUGAAUGUGGGAUGGCCUGUAGCCAAAACUUAAAGCUCAUUGACUAUCAUGAAUGUAAUCAAUGUAGAAAAGUUUUCACACAGAAUUCCAAACAUGUUCAACAUCAGAAAAUCCACACUGGAGAGAAUCCUCAUGAGUGUCAUCAAUCUGGAAAGCCCUUUCAACUCUGCUCUCAUCUUGCUGUACAUCAGAAAAACCAUACUGGAGAGAAACCUCAUGAAUGCCAUAAAUGUGGUAGAGCUUUUGAUAAACACUCUUCCCUCAUUGCACAUCAGAGAGUCCACAAUAUAAAGAAACCUUAUAAAUGUAAUCAAUGUGAAAAGGCUUUCAAACACACCUUGAGUCUUUCUCUUCAUCAGAGAAUCCACACUGGAGAGAAACCUUAUGAAUGCAUUCAAUGUGGAAAGGCUUUCACAGAGAGUAGCUCUCUUGCUAGACAUCAGAGAAUUCACAGUGGAGAAAAACCUUAUGAAUGUAGUCAGUGUAGGAAAACUUUCCGACAAAACUCCAGUCUUGCUGUACAUCAGAGAAUCCAUACUGAAGAGAAACCUUAUAAAUGUAAUCAGUGUGGAAAGGCUUUCAAAGAGAAUUUAAAACUUGCUGUACAUCAGAGAAUCCAUACUGAAGAGAAACCUUUUGAAUGUAAUCAGUGUGGAAAGACUUUCCAAUGCAGCUCCAGUCUUGCUAUACAUCAGAAAAACUACACUGGAGAGAAACCUCAUGAGUGCCAUGAAUGUGAUAAAGCUUUUAGUGAACACUCUUCCCUUGUUGCACGUCAAAGAAUCCACACUGGAGAAAAACCUUAUAAAUGUAAUCAGUGUGGAAAGGCUUUCACACAGAAAUCUAGUCUUGCUGUACAUCAGAGAAUCCAUACUGAAGAGAAACCUUAUGAAUGUAAUCAGUGUGGAAAGGCUUUCACACAGAAAUCCAGUCUUGCUGUACAUCAGAGAAUCCACACUGGAGAGAAACCUUAUAAAUGCAAUCAAUGUGGAAAAGCUUUCAAACAGAACUCCAAACUUGUUUUACAUCAAAGAAUCCACACUGGAGAGAAACCUUAUGAAUGUAAUCAAUGUGGAAAGGCUUUCACACAGAAUUCCCAUCUUUCUAAACAUCAGAGGAUCCACACUGGAGAGAAACCUUAUGAAUGUAAUCAGUGUGGAAAGGCUUUCACAGGGAAAUCCAGUCUUGCUGUACAUCAGAGAAUCCACACUGGAGAGAAACCUUAUGAAUGUAAUCAGUGUGGAAAGGCUUUCACAGAGAAAUCCAGUCUUGCUGUACAUCAGAGAAUCCACACUGGAGAGAAACCUUAUAAAUGCAAUCAAUGUGGAAAAGCUUUCAAACGGAACUCUGAACUUGUUCUACAUCAAAGAAUCCACACUGGAGAGAAACCUUAUGAAUGUAAUCAAUGUGGAAAGGCUUUCAAGGAGAACUCUAGCCUUGCUGUACACCAGAGAAUUCACACUGGAGAAAAACCUUAUAAAUGUAAUCAAUGUGGAAAGGCUUUCAAGGAGAACUCUAGCCUUGCUGUACACCAGAGAAUUCACACUGGAGAAAAACCUUAUAAAUGUAAUCAAUGUGGAAAGGCUUUCCCAUAUAGGGCUCUUCUAGCUUACCAUCUCAAAAUUCACACUGGAGAAAAGCCUUAUGAAUGUAACCAAUGUGAAAAGACUUUCAUGAAGAAGUCUAAUCUUGCUAUACAUCAGAGAAUCCACACUGGAGAGAAACUUUAUGAAUGUAAUGAAUGUGGAAAAAAUUUUAUAAAUAAGUCCAGUCUUGCUGUACAUCAAAGAAUCCACACUGGAGAGAAACCUUAUAAAUGUAAACAAUGUGGAAAGGAUUUCACACAGAAUGCUAAUCUUUUGAAACAUCAGAGAAUCCACACUGGAGAGAAACCUUAUGAAUGUCAUCAAUGUGGAAAAGCCUUCACAGACAACUCCAAACUUGCUUGUCAUCAGAGAAUUCACACUGGAGAGAAACCUUAUGAAUGUCAUCAAUGUGGAAAAGCUUUCACACAGAACUCCCAUCUUUCUAAACAUCAAAGAAUCCACUCAAGUAUGGGUGAAGCCUGAAAUAACUAAGGAAACAAAAGUUUAAGCUUCUGAGAAUACUGACUUAUUAAGCUAUGCAUGCCAAUUGCAUAAGAAAUCAGGCAUUUGGCUUGGCUUGGCACUGAAUCCUGAAUACAAGAAGAAACCAAUUUUUUUUUGUAAUAAAAGAAAACAUAAAAAAGACUCUAAGCCAGGAUGGAAAAUAGAUAAUCUAAAUUCUAAUUGGAGGGAAAAAAUAGGAAUUUUCCAAGUUGUGAGGGAGUUAAGUGAGUUUCAGGAGUUGUGAGGGAGAAGAGUAAGCAGAUGGAUUUUUACAGGUAUAAAACAGAAUGUCACUCAAUUUCCAUGAUUAGCAAGCAGGUAGAAUUUCCUGGAAAAUGAAAUUUUUACCCCAAAAUUGAGUCAGUCUUUUCAGUUUGGUUUACACAAUUCCCAUAAUUCUCUCACUGGAGAGAAACCUUAUGAAUGUAAUCAGUAUUGAAAGACUUUCAGAAUGAGAGCCAAUCUUUCUGUACAUCAGAGAACCCACACUAGGAGAAACAUUCUAAAUGUAAUCAUUGUGGAAAGCCUUUCAAAGAGAAGGCCCUAUCUUGGCUUUACACCAAAGAAUCCACACUGCAGAGAAAUCUUAUGAAUGCAAUCAAUGUGAAACGGUUUUCACACAGAAUUCUCAUCUCCCUGUAUGUCAGAGAAGCCACACUGGUGAGGAAAUUUAUGAUUUUAAUGUAAGGAAUUAAAUUAAGGGUUUGACUAAAUAUGUGAGAUUCUAAAAUAAUAUGGUGUUUUCUAAUUUAAAAUAUAGCUCAAGUCAAAAUGACUAUUAGUAGCUUUUAUUUACAAAGAGGUGGAAAGAGUGAAAGAGAAAUAAAAAAAGAGGGUAGAAAAGAUGUCUAGCCUAUCACACUAAAUAUUGUUCUGGUGCUUGGCUCAGCCCAGUAGGGCUUGUUAACACUCGACCAGAGGAUCCGGUGUUCCACCCAUGAAUCCUCUUCCAAGAGGGGAAGGCUUCUCUAGAACUAAUCUCUCUCCAGAAGCCAGGAAAGGAAAACUAGCUAUUCACUCACCCAAGAGGCAAGGUCCUGAGGUGAAGCUGAGGUCCAUGUCCCAAGUCACCUCCAAGAGGCAGGUCACCAGCCAAAGCUCCAAGCCCCAAAUUCAGGUCAAAGACAACCCCUAGCUAAAGACUUUCAGGACUUUUUAUAGUCGCCUCCUAUCCCUUCCGCUCUUCAUAGGAGCCAAUCACAGCUUCCGAAUUGAAUUGCCUAGCACUGCCCAAGGGGGCAGUGUCUGCGGGAUCCAUACCUCAUCCUCUGAAGGUGUCAACUUUCAUCAUAGGAUUCACAAGUUUCUGACUUGUGACUUGUGAAUUCUCUUACUUGAUAACAAAGUGUUAAAUAGGGGUUAAGUUUUAACUCAAAAUAGACAAAGAGAAUAAUGAAUUCCCUUUCACAUUAAUAAAUGUGGAAAGGCUUUCCCACCAUGCAGAACCCAUCUUUCUUACCACCUAAGAGCCCAUAAUAGAUAGAAACUGUAUGAAUAUAAUCAAUGUGGAAAGAUAUUCUAACAGAAAUCUGGUCUUGCUAUAGAUGAGAAAAACUACCAUAGAGAGAAACCUUAAGAAUGUAAUCAAUAUGGAAAAGCUUUCAGGUACAACUCCAGUCUUCCUUUUCAUCAGAAUCUAUAUUGGAGCAAAAUCUGAUGAAUGUCAUCAGUGUGCUAAUGCUUUUAAGUAAUAGUUGUCUGUUAUUUCCCAUUAGAGAAUUCCUACUAGAUACAAAUUUUAUUAUUGUAAUGAAAAAGGAAAGGUAUUCAAAUGGAGUACAGAUAUUGUUCAACAUCAGAAAAUACAUUCUGAGGAGAUCUUUGCAUCAGAGGAUUCAUUGUGAAGAGAAUUAUGAAUUUGUUCAAUGGGAACAUGAUUUUCUCUGAAACAGGGAGAUUACUAUGUAACAAUAAAAAUUCUCUGGAGACUA